AUGCCCCGACUCGGGGAGGUGGAGAUCGGCGAGGUUCUGGAUGCCAUUUGCGAUCCGGACGACAACCUCGGAGAGUGGAUUACCUUCUACGACAUCACUCAGCAGGACAGCGAGUUGCUGCUGCAGCAGCGCGACGGAGUUGGGGAGUGCCGACGCGAGUGCAGCACCUUGACCCACGCCUGUCGUGCCGUCUUUGACGAGUAUCGAGAAGACAUGACAGAGAUGCUCUUCAAGCACUACCGGACGGAGACGCCAAAGAAGCUCUCUGCGGAGAAGUUUGUGUCCCGCGUAUGCACGAAGAUGUCCAAGUCAUGUCCCGCCAAGUCGGCGCCCGCUGGGUUUCAGCACAAGGACGAGCAAUGGCUUCCUGUGAUGGAUCCGGACAGCUACAAGAUGCGGAAGAUGCAGCAUGCCUUGAACAAGCAAUCCAAAGACGGCGUGGGGGCGCCCGUCCAGUUCCUCGACCCCAUGGGUCCCAUGAUGAUGGAGGACGAAGACUUGUAG